AUGGUCGCCGCCGGAACCGCGAGGCUUAUUGCCUCCUCCAUGCUCCUCGGCCUGUCCACCGCCAUCGUGGUCACGCCCGGACAGCCCGCCGCCGGCCUCGAGUCUGCUGGUGUCAAGGACAGCCGCUUCACCUUCAGUGGGCACCCUGUCGUCGUCCCGAACGACGGCGCCAUCGGCACCUUCACGGAUGGACCCCAAGGUCUCACAUCCGGUAUCAUUAUGAGCACCGGUCUCGUCUCCAAUGCCGUCGUGGGAAGCACCCCCAACACCAACUUUGGCUUCAGCAUGGGACCCCCCUUCAGGGAAUGCGCCGUCGGAAACACCCAGGAGAGUGUCUACUACGGCAUGUUCGUCAACGUGCCCCAGGGCGUCACCGCCAUCAGGAUCAACUACCUGUUCGCCACCGAGGAACCCAUCACGGGGAACCCCGACUCGUCCAUCAUCUACAGGGACGAGGUCCCCCAGCCCCAGACCGCCGUCUUGGCCGCGUCCGCGCUGCCCAACACGGGUGCCACCUUUGGUCUGUCGUACGCCCGCGCCGGCGUCAUCUCCAGCUACGAGUUUCUCGUCCAGCCCGGCUCCACCCAGCACCUCGACUUUGUGCUCUGCGACGUGGGUAACGGUGAUUUUGACUCGGCUCUGCUCAUCGACAUUGUCGGCCUUCCUCUGGAUCCCGUCUUCUUCCCCUCGAGCGCCGCCCCGAGCUCGAUCCCUCCCAGCUCCGUGCCUCCUAGCUCAGUCCCUCCCAGCUCGGUCCCCCCCAGCUCGGUGCCUCCCAGCUCGGUGCCUCCCAGCUCGGUGCCUCCCAGCUCGGUGCCUCCCAGCUCGGUGCCUCCCAGCUCGAUCCCCCCCAGCUCGGUCCCUCCCAGCUCGAUCGCUCCCAGCUCCGUGCCCCCGAGCUCGAUUGCUCCCAGCUCCGUGCCUCCGAGCUCGAUUGCUCCCAGCUCCGUGGCUCCCAGCUCGGCUCCUCCCAGCUCUGUGCCCAGCUCGGCUCCCCCCCAGCUCUGCUCCUCCCAGCUCCGUCUCGGAUGCUGUAUCCAGCUCCGCUUCCGAUUCGGCAUCCUGCGACGAUUCCCCACAACCAAGGACGUCUACGCCGCGGAGACGAGCUGCUCGGAGUCGGCUGUGCCUACGACCGUCAACGAUUACGAAGUGAUCAUCACGUCUGUCGUCACCACCAUCACCUACACCACCGUCGACUUGGCAAACCCCACCUCGCUUGUGCCUGUUGAGGUCUGCACGACGCUGGACUAUGAGGACUGCCAGUGCUCUACCCAGGUCACUCCCACCGUCCCUCUGGUGACCUACGAGGCUGAGUGCGACAAGUGCGGCGACGAUUACGAGAACACCAUCACUCUCACCAUCCCCGGUGACUACGGCUCGACCUACAAGCCUACCCACGACGAGCCUGUGCCCACCUCGACGUCGGUUCACUCCACUGGAAGCGUCACCACGUCUGUUGCUGUGUCCUCUCACGUCUCCGUCUCGGAGCCGACCGAGAGCCACACAACCACCCACGACGUCCCCGUCGUCCCCUCUGCCCCCGCCAGCGAGGUCCCUCAUGUUUCUGAGCCCGUCAGUGAGGUUCCUCCCGUCUCGGAGCCUACCGUCAUCCCUUCGCCUUCUGUCCCCGCGGUUCCUUCCGUGCCGGCGGUUCCUUCCGUGCCGGCGGUUCCUUCUGUGCCGGCGGUUCCUUCUGUCCCAGCCGUCCCCUCUGUCCCCGUCGUUCCCUCUGUCCCCGCAGUUCCUUCCAUCCCAGGCGUGCCCAGCGCGAUCCCCAGCAGCGCACCUCCCGCGCCUGAGGUGUCCGAGCCCCCCGUUGAAGCCGGUGCCCGGGGACUGCAACACGACCUGAGGGCCGUUAUGACGACCCUCAUCCCCGGUCUGGCGGUCUUCUUUUACCUUCUUGUAUGA